UGCCAUCCCAACCCUGCCGUGCCAGCCUCCAUCUCUGAUCCAAGCCCCAUUCCAAACUGGGAUGGCUGCUGCCUGACCUGUGGCAGUGGCAGUUUGACCCAUGGGCAUUGCAGAAUCUAAACAAGGUGCUUGAAAAGUUUUCACUCGUUUAUUUCUGUUCUCCUUUGGGCAAUUAUUAGAAGCAGCAACAGAGCAACAUUUUGUGUUUUUUUCUCACAUCCCUGCUGUGGUGUCUUACCAGCCUGUGGGAAUUGAGGCCAUGGAAAGGACCAGCUCAGUUAUACUCUUUUUUUCCCCCCCAGUUUCUUGCACAGAGCAGUUUGCUGCCUGACAGGGACAGUCUAAUGCUAUUAGUGACCCAGAAGGACAGACAACAAUUCUGAUAUAGAUAUAAAUAAAUAUAAACCAUCACAGAGUACCAGCCUUCCCCAGCCAAAUAAACUGAGACAGUGACUUACAGAGGGCUCUGCUGCUCUUCCAAACCUGGUGCUUUAUGGAAGAAGUCAGGGCUCCUGCUGCUGCCUUGUCCUCCUUUAUGUUCUACACUAGUGCCUGAUGGAAAUGGCAGAAAUCAAAACUCAGAUGCAUGAAAAGAAAGGAGUCCAUGGGAAAAACAACUGACAAAUUCCCAGCCAAAUAUAAAUUAACUUUUUAAGUUCAGCUACUUAGCUCCAUGAUUUCCUGUUCCAUUUCCUUCCUUCUUUAAGAUUCCCUUCUUAAGAUUCAGAGAAGCAAAACAAAUAGGGUAGAGGAAGGUAUGUAAGAACCAUCCUAGGAUGGGAAUUAUCAAAAAGUGGUGGUAGCCUCUGCUGGGAAGGUUUUUCUUUUCAUCCCAGUGAAAUUUGGGCUAAGGGCUAAUCAUCUGACAUCACAGCAUUAUCUAAGUCACUUGCACUCCACGCUGGCACUUGUGCCUUCAUAUUAAGCAAUCAAAGAAACAGACCCUGUGACAUCCAGAUCUGCAUUUACAAUUUAGCCAAAACACAGUUCUUUAUACACUUACUAUUUUAUAAAGUAUUUGCUUGAAUUAAAACCUGUUCCAAAACCUGACACAAGCUGCAAGGUCACUGCAAUCUCAGAUGUCUUGACCUGACAGAUGUGGGGCAGAUGUGGGAGGCAGAGAGCAGCACAGCAUGAUUUGGGUUGGAAAGGCCCUUAAAGCUCCUGCAGUUCCCCCCACCUUCACCAGCCCAGGCUGCUCCAAGCCCCAUCCAAGGAGAUCCACAGGGUCCCACAGGUGAGGAGCCAUGAGACACAAACAUGGGACAAGCACACUGUGUAAGCAGAGGGCAGAGAUGAGAGGCACCAGCUCUGCUCACACUCCUCUGCUGCUGCAAUCUCACUCCACAAUGGAAAAACUGAAACUUCCUCUCAAUGACAGAGCCUCUCCACCCCCACGGGAGCUGCUGGCAUUUUUGGGAGCCUGAUGGUGAGUGACACAGUUUGGGGGCAGAGAUGGCUCAUCCAGAGAAACCACAGUCUGCACAAGGAGCAGCUCCAGACAAGCCCUGAGCAGCCUCUUCCAUUAUUGACCUCGAGAUGAUUAUCUUUGACACCUUUGGCUUGCUGGGGGAAGAGCUCUGUGAGUUAUCACACAUUGUACAUUCCCAAACCCAGCUGGAAAGUGUUACACCUGCUUUUUGAGCACUGUGUGCCUGGAAAUAAAGGUUAAGCAACUUCCUUACGGUUCUUUCAUUACCAAGAGCGAGAAACAAAUCAAAAGCACAAUUGUCUGCUCCGAAUCAGCUUGGCAAGACAACCCUUACCCCUGCUUGGCAAACUCAGCCACUGAAGCUAAAUUAAGCUUUUGAUCUUGACCAUAAUAACUUGGGCCAGCCCCACUUUUGCUUACAAAUAGACCAUGGAGUUCUGGUAACAUCUUAGGAGGGCUUUAAAAAAACGGAACAGUUGGCACAAGGGGUCAGCACAACUGACCAGACAAAGUACAAGUGGAAGGGGAGUAAAUCAUUAGCUUGAGAUAGGCCUUGAACCAGAUCACUGCAGCACAUGUAGACUUAGCAAUUCUCUCUUGCUCCAAAGCGAACUUUGGCCCUGUAAUAACUGGCAGCUGAUGCAAUGAUAAGAGAAUGAAGUCUAUAAAAAUGUAGCUGCAAGCCUGGGAAGUCCUGACUGGAACUCUUUGUGCCUCCUCCGCCCACGGCUGCUCCAGGUGACAGCUCCUGCUGGGAAGAUGCACUGGUGGAAAGUGAUGGCAGCCCUUCUGCUCUGCUCACUGCUGCUCAGCCAGAGCCACGGCGUGUCCCUGUCCCUGUCCCCAGCCCGCAGCCCCCGGCAGCGGCGCAUGACGCCCUUCUGGAGAGGAGUGUCCCUGAGACCCAUCGGAGCCUCGUGCAGGGACAACAGCGAGUGCCUCACCAUGCUCUGCAGGAAAAACCGCUGCCUGCUCUCCACAGCCUCAGCGUGAGCUGGCACCAAGCACAGCCUGCACUGUUACUGCUGAACAUGCUCCACACACUUGGGAUGUAUUUAUUGACUGCUCAGGAGCUGCAAGGGCCUCCAGCAAUCAGAGUAUUUAAUAUUUCUGUCACAUGUGCUGAUAAAAGGACUUCAAAGAGCUCGAGAGCA